GUUGAUACGCUAAUUUAUAUAUGAGAUUUUAUUGUAUUAUUCUUUGUUUUCUUACUGGGUUAUUGUUGUUUAUAUAAUUCACAACGAUCUUAAAAGUAAUAAUAAAGCUUUGAGCAGUUGGAUAUGCCAAAAAUCUGUAGUUUACAUACAUGGUAUUUGUAUCAUUACUUCAGCUAAAAAAUGCUGCUGAAAUAAAUGUUUUUCCGGCCUGAGUAGUCUGUAAAAUUCGUAAUAUCUUAAGAUACGGGCAUAAGACAGUUACUUAAGUCACCUUUAAAAAAAAACAUUUAAAAAAAAUGAGUGGAAUCGUAGAAGUAUACAUAAAGGUGGAACUGGAACGUGAAGACGAAGACAGUUCGCACCCGAAUGCGAGUGAGACGGAAGGCAGAACAUAUGAAAAUGAGGAGAAAGAAGAGAUCGUGGUGGAGCCUGAAGUGUCGGGGAUGCUGGCAGUUGAACAAGAGGCAGAUCCCUUCUGGGAAGACAGAAGCACCCCAUGCCCCAUCCCGCAGGGCAAAAGCACACCACGCCCCAAUCCAGAGGCAAAGAGAGAGCUCAGGCCAAAGCAUUUGAAAGCAGCCGCGGCUAUUGCCUGCAGUAUACUAAAACAAGCCGAGCAAAAACGAAACGCCCCUCAGAAACCACAAAGAAGGCAGCCCACACAACGGCACACUUGCGACGUAUGCCAAAAAGUAUUCAACAGAAUCAACAACUUAAGGAACCACCAACAAACACACAAGAAACAACAUUGCAACAUUUGCCGCAAAGAUUUACUAACAAGGAAGAAGCUACGGAACCAUGUCAGGAGAUUCCACUCUGAGAAACCAUACUACUGCGAGCAAUGCAAUAAGGAGUUCAAGGAAGCGUAUGAGUUGAAAAGGCAUACGCGAAUCCAUACCGGCGAACGGCCGUAUUUGUGCGAAAUGUGCGAAAAAUCUUUCUCCAACGCCGGCGCUUUGAAGGACCAUAGACACACUCAUAAUAAUUUAAAACGUUUCACUUGUGACACUUGUCAAAAACAAUUUAAACAGAAAUAUAGUUUGAAAAUACAUUUGCUGACGCAUACGCAAAAACCAUAUCCCUGCAAUGUAUGUAGUAAAGAAUUCGUUCGGUCUGCGGAUUUAAACGAGCAUAUGUUGUCUCAUAGUGCGACAAAACCAUAUUCGUGCAACAAGUGCGGGACGCAGUUUUCUAGAAAGGAUACUUUUUACAGGCAUGCUAAGCGGAAGUUUUGUAUGAGUAUUUCUGACGAGAAAGCGUUCCUUGUACGUAAUGAGGAUUGCAGUUGGAGUUGAAAAUGUUGUAUUGAGCAAAGAGUUAUUUAAUUUUAAACAUAAUAGCGCUGGUGGCCUAGCGGUAAGAGCGUGCGACUUUCAAACCGGAGGUCGCGGGUUCAAACCCGGCACGCACCAAUGAGUUUUUCAGAACUUAUGUACGAAAUACAUUUGAUUUUACCAGUCGGUUUUCGGUGAAAGAAAACAUCGUGAGGAAACCGGACUAAUCCCAAUAAGGCCUAGUUUUCCCUCUGGGUUGGAAGGUCAGAUAGCAAUCUCUUUCGUAAAAACUAGUGCCUACGUCAAAUCAUGGUAUUAGUUGUCAAGUGGACCCCAGGCUCCCAUGAGCCGUGGCAAAAUGCUGGGAUUACGCGAAGAAGAA